AUGAAAUAGAAGCACCCAUAGGAUACAAGGACUGGCAUGACCAUGCACGGUUAGCAGCAGAGAGUCAGCAGCAUGGUCCAGGAGAGCAAGGUCAAGCCUAUAAUCUCCCCUCAAAAUAUCAGAAUGAGAAGGACCAACUGUACAAGGUUAAUGGGUUUAAUGCUGCGGGCUCUGAUGAUAUAGCUCUGAACCGCUCUCUGCAGGACAUCCGCCACCCAAAAUGUAAGGAAAAAGUUUAUUUAAACUAUUUACCAACAGCAUCAGUAGUAGUACUUCACAAUGAGCACUGGACAACCCUGCUACGCACAGCUAUUUCUGCGAUCAACCGCUCACCAGACUCUCUUCUUCUUGAGGUCAUUCUUGUGGAUGAUGCCAGCACAAAAGCAUUUCUGAAAGACAAGCUGGAUAACUAUGUUCAGGAAAAUCUACCUAAAGUGAGGGUUGUCCAUCUAGCAAAACGGUCUGGACUCAUUCGAGCUCGACUGGCCGGUGCAAAGGUAGCAAAAGGAGAUGUUCUCAUAUUUCUUGACUCUCAUACUGAAUGUACCACCAACUGGUUACCACCCUUGCUAGAGCCUAUUGCUAAGGACUAUCGAACCUGUGUUUGUCCAUUUAUUGAUGUGAUUGACUUUGAGACCUUUGCAUAUCGAGCCCAAGAUGAAGGAGCUCGUGGGGCAUUUGAUUGGGAAUUGUUUUAUAAACGAUUACCACUGCUGGAAGAGGAUAAGAAGAAUAUGCCAGAGCCAUUCAAGAGCCCAGUGAUGGCAGGUGGUCUGUUUGCUAUUAGCAGUAGAUUUUUCUGGGAGCUGGGGGGUUACGAUCCAGGGUUAGACAUAUGGGGAGGCGAACAAUAUGAACUCUCCUUCAAGAUAUGGCAGUGUGGUGGGACCAUGGUCGAUGCCCCAUGUUCACGUAUUGGUCAUAUUUACCGCAAAUUUGCUCCAUUUCCAAAUCCUGGCGUGGGAGACUUCGUUGGCAGGAAUUACCGUCGUGUGGCCGAAGUUUGGAUGGAUGAAUUUGCCCAGUUCCUCUACAAGCGACGGCCAACUUAUCAGAAAAUUGACCCUGGGGAUUUAACAGAACAGAAAGCUAUCAGGAAAAGGUUGAACUGUAAACCCUUUAAAUGGUUUAUGACACAAGUGGCUUUUGACUUGAUUAAAGUCUAUCCUCCAAUUGAGCCUCCAAAUUUUGCUAGUGGAAAAAUUCAGAGUGUGGCCAGCUCCAGCUUGUGUGUUGACACUAGGUACAAGCAUCAUGGUGACAGAUUUGGGCUUCAGGAAUGUGGUCGAGGGGGAGAACAGAUUCUCCACUUAACGUGGCACAAGGAUAUUAGACCAGGCAAACGUCCUGUAUGUUGGGACGUGUCCUCCGGUGAUGCCCAAGCUCCUAUAUUGCUUUACAAUUGUCACGGUAUGGGUGGCAAUCAGCUUUGGAGAUAUGAUCCUGUAAAACAAUGGCUUGUGCAUGGUGGCAACCCACGUUGUUUGGACUGCAAUCCAGGUAACAAAGAGAUAUUUGUGUCAGCCUGCAGUCCAGAAAAGGAGACACAGAAAUGGAUAUUUGAACAUUUUGAUGCUGAACGUUUAGCUAAAUGGGAUAAGGCAGGACCAGUAUUUUAAAGGUAAAAGAAGUAUAGUAUUCAGAAAUUUAGGGUGAUUGACAUAUGAUAGCAUUUUGUUAUCUUUUUUUUAUUGUACCUGUAAAGUAGUUUCAGUGAGGAAAAAACAGCUACAAAAUAUAAGUUGUUUUGAUGAGUACAAUGGGACCAUAUUAGUAUAGAUUUUAAGGUAUCAUGUUCCAUUUUAUUAGAUUGUUAGUUAAUUUAUAAAUUUAUUUAUAAUUGAAACUGUGCUGCAGAUAGUAUUUAUUACUUGUGAUGCAAUACUUGCUUUUAAUAAGCAUAUAAGGUCCAUUAUAUGUAGUAGCUAAUUAAUGUUGGAUUAAAUUUUUAAUGCUGAGUAAAAGUAACAAUGUUAUGAAGGAAAAGAUGUAGUGAUUCUUUGUAACUGCAACACAGCUUAACUGAAAUUGUAUUGUUACUACAAAAGGGUUCUGUUCCUGAAAACCUUUCAUAAAUCACAAUUUCCUAAAUCGAAGCACAUUUGCCUAUUGACUCCCAAUAUACUGAGUCAAUGAAAUGCCACAAAAGAUGUGUUUAACUCUUAAAUGACUGGAUCAUUUUACAUAGACUAUUUACUCUGAUGGGAAAAAUUUGGGUUGUAAAUUUUUUUUUAAAUAUUUUUUAAAAAUAUAUAUGAAAAGAACAAGUUUUUCUCACUAAAUCAAUGGUGUACUGUAAUGUAAUUCCCUGUACACUUAACAAGAGCCUCGGAUAUUGGGGAAGAUUCUGUGUAUGAAGACGAGGUGGAAGGUAGGGGGGCCGUGUACCCCAGCUUUGGGCCUGUUUCUAUUAUUGAUUCAUUAUUAUAUUCUCAUCUGAACAGCCUCUUAUGGUGUAUGAUUCAUGAUAAAUAAUAUAACAUUCAGUAAUAUAUGAAAAAAAUACAAUAUGUAAUUUGACCUGAGAAUAUAAGAGUAAACUAUAUUGGAAGAUAUCGCUUCUCUAGCCUCCACAUAACCACUCUCCCUCCUUUGAUGUUUCAGGCUAAUGUAAAAUUUCAAUAUGACAGAAACCAUUUAUGGUGAUGAGAAAUGAAGCCAAAUAUUGUAACAAUGCUGUCAGUACCUGCCUCUGUUUCUUUAUUUUUUCUUUACUUAUUUAUUUCUUUCCUUGUUUAUUUAUUUUCUUUCCUUCUCUUCUUUUUUGCCUUCUUCCUUUCUUCUUGAUAUUUUAGAGCAUUUUGUUGUCAUGUACUACUUUUGAUAUUUAUAGUUAAUGAUUUGAUUUUGAAUAUUUUGUAUGGGUCUGGUUCAUGUUUUAAUACAGAUUAGUGAAAAUAUUUUAUGAUUGAGACUGAGACUAUCAAAUUGUCAGAUUUAAGAACAGUUGGAGUCUGAAUUAUUUGCUUCAAUGUUUCCUUACAAUUAUGGUGUCUGGUCCUUUUGGCAGGAAACUGGAAUGCAUUGUAUAUAAAUAUAUAGUUUAAUGUUAUCAUUACUGCUGAUGGAUCUUUUGUUGUUGAAUGCUGUUUGAUUGCCAAACUGUUUAUAUAUCAUAAUAGAGCUCUGAGUUUGGUACUGGAAGGUUGUGAGCAUCCAUUAGGAAAUCUGUUCUUUUAAUGCUUAUUUCUUCCUGAUUUACUUCAAGCAGAAAAAGAGCACACAGUCCUGCUGUCAUUGCACAAACUUACUAUUGGUGCUAGAAUGUAAAGGCUGUUAUGUUGGAAAUUAUUAAUUACAGUAUAGUGUAACUGGAAUCAUGUUUUCCAAAUUCAGCCCUCUUAGCCACUUCUCAUCUCUGAAGCUCUCUACCUAACAGACCUGAAAUAUAGGUUUUAAAGUUCUGUCACCAAAAGAAAAUCACUCCCAGCAAAUAUGAAUUUUGAGAAUACUGCUCCAUACCUGAGCUCUAUGUCAAAUGCCACAUUCAACAUUAUAUAAUUAAAAUAAUUCCUAUAAAUUAAGUGAAUUGGUAGCAAACCAUUGCAUCAUACAUACUGUAAUACAGUGGCUGUGGAUUUCUUUAUUCCAUUGUACAGUAUAUCUACGGUAUGCCUCCUGUGUCUAACCAUAUGAUGUAUGUGAACAAAUAAAUUACAAAUAUUAGACAUCAGUUGUAAAGACUCUCUGGGUUUUAUUCUUGCAAUGUUUUAUAAGAAUCUUCUAUUGACAAGUUUGUAUUCAUUUAGAUGAAAUAAGACUUUGUUUUAUUUCAUAUGAGUAAUUUAGUGAAUUCACUCUCUACUUUUUGGUCUGUAACCCACUUACCCAAAAACCCACACCCACCCACCUGUCCCCACUAGUAUUCAUAUGAAUCAUAUUGUGAAACAUACUUUAAAGUUGCAGUGUCUUAUACUGAGGUGUUGUGUAAUGUAACCUACUAACAAUGCAUUUUAUGAAUGGUAAAUUUGAAGAAAAGUUUUUAAUACUGUAACUGAUACAAUUAUUUUAUUGUAAACUAUUAAAGACAUGGGAGGUAAAUUUAGAUUGCUGAUUAAGGGUGACCUGUUUGGUGAAUAAAUUUCUUGUUCCAAAGUUCAUGAUUAUUUGUUGUACAGUACUGUAAAUAGAUUUAUUCAUGUUAUACAUACUGGUACAGUAUAAUAAAUAUAUAUUGAUA